AUGUCGCAACCAAGAGCGAAACCUUGGGAAGUCUCGUCUGGCACUUCGAUGGCUUCUACUACUCCAGCCACAUCUGCCACGGUAUCGGAAUCGGGCGCACCUGCUAUUCCCAGCAAGCCUUCUUCUAUGACGAGCAGUUCGUUGAAUACAGCUUCUGCAGCGAGUACGGGGUUGGCUUCAAACCCCAACACUUUUGGCAACAUGAUGUCCAACUCUUACACGUCGCCCUACUCUUCCGGAUACGGUUCCGCGGGUGGUUAUGGUGCAUACAGCGGUUACGGAGGAUAUGGGUCCUCUGGAUACGGCGGUUUGGGUGGGUUUGGAUCAAGCUCGUAUGGUGGUUAUGGUGGUGGAAUGUACGGGUCUAGGUAUGGCGGUGGCUAUGGUGGGAUGUAUGGGAACAACAUGAUGAACAUGGGCAACGGCAACGAGCUCGGGGGUUUGGCGCAGAACUCUGAGGCAACUUUCCAAUUGAUAGAAUCGAUGAUCGGUGCUGUUGGUGGUUUUGCGCAGAUGCUGGAAUCGACAUAUUACGCUACACACAACUCUUUCUUUACAAUGAUAUCCAUGGCAGAACAGUUUUCGCAUCUGAAGAAUGCACUUGGAUCACUAUUAGGAAUCUUCACACUGAUAAAAUGGGCAAAAAAACUUUUGGGAAGAGCCGUGGGUAUCAAGAAAUCUUUAACGCCAGCAGAAUUUGCCAAGUUCCAGAAAAAACAGCUCAAAGAGAGAGACAACAGCAACAACAGUAACAACAACAACAACAAUCGCAUCUCGUUGAAACCACUGGUGUUCUUUUUAGCUGCUAUCUUUGGACUGCCCUACUUGAUGAACAAGCUCAUCAGACGCCUUGCUCAGGAGCAACAGAAUAGUGUCGCACACCAACUCCGCCCAGACCAGCUGCAAAAUGGUGAACCACAACAACUUCCGCUACAGGCUCAGAAUCAAGCUCAGCAGGUGGACCCUACAAGGCUCGAAUUUGCUCGUGCAUUAUACGACUUCAACCCAGAAAACAACGAGGUUGAACUGGCUCUUAGACGUGGGGACUUGGUGGCCAUCCUUUCAAGAGCAGAUCCACUGACCGGAGAAGAGUCCAAGUGGUGGAAGUGCAGAUCUAGAGACAGCAGAUUGGGAUUCGUUCCGUAUAACUAUUUGGAAGUGAUACAGCGGAACAAAAAUGGCAACGCUAUCCAAAGCAUCACCUCUAACGCUCCACAGGAAACCGCCGCUUCUUCCAAAACCGCCAAAAUCGACGCCGAUGAGUUCAAAAACCUGAAGACAUGA